GCCUUCAAAUUCCAGACAGUCCUAUCUACUGCUAAGGGCCCACAACUGCCCAGAACUGUCUGACUGAGUGCUACCGCUACAUGUGAGGUACUGUGGAGUUUUGAGGCUCCUAAGAGGACUUUUGAAAAGGGAGAGAAACACUGGCAUAAGCUAUGGGUGUACAACAUAGUAAUGAGCCAUUUAUAUACCUUAUGAGGUGAUCACCCUGGGAGACAAGAUUUGGAGUCAACUCCAUGUACCUGAAUUCUAGAUCACUCAUCUUCUAACCGGUGCCCUUGGAUAAAUUACUCAUUCCUUCUGUGCUUUCAUUCUCUCAUGUGUAAUUUAGAGAUUAUAUAUGAAAAUUACCCUGAAAAGCUUUGCUUCUAUGAAGUCUCCUCAGCAUCAGACCCACAGAACCUAUACCAACUAGAUGUCUCCACUUGGAUGCCUCAUGAAUUACAUAAUGCCAAGCUAUAAACUCACUUAUUUUAAUAUGAGGGGAAGAGCUGAAAUUAUUCGUUACAUAUUUGCAUAUUUGGACAUAAAAUAUGAAGACCACAGAAUAGAACAAGCUGAUUGGCCUGAAAUCAAACCAACUCUUCCAUUUGGCAAAAUUCCUAUUUUGGAAGUUGAUGGAGUUUAUCUUCACCAGAGCCUAGCAAUAGCAAGAUACUUGACCAAAAACACAGAUUUGGCUGGAAAAACAGAACUGGAACAAUGUCAAGUUGAUGCUGUUGUGGACACAUUGGAUGAUUUCAUGUCACGGUUUCCUUGGGCUGAGAAAAAACAAGAUAUAAAAGAGCAAAUGUUUAAUGAACUACUUACAUACGAUGCACCUCAUCUUCUGCAAGAUUUGGACACAUACUUAGGGGACAAAGAGUGGUUCAUUGGUAACUCUAUAACUUGGGCAGAUUUCUACUGGGAAAUUUGCAGUACUACGCUUUUGGUCCUCAGACCUGACUUGCUGAACGUCCAUCCCAGGCUGGCGAUGUUACGGGAGAAAGUCCAAGCUGUUCCUGCCAUUGCUGACUGGAUACAACGAAGACCCCAAACCAGACUGUAGGCGAUGCCUGCGGCCUCCACUUGGUUGUUCCUCCCAGCACUGCUCCCGUCAGAGAAGCUGCUCCAUUAACCUGCCUCAUAGGCACACACUGCGCCUCCAUCAAGACAUUUACUUCUGCCACAUUCUGCUUGAAAAGAGAAAAAAAGCUGCUGGUUGCCAGUAUCUUUUUUUUUUCUUUUUUCUUCCCAGAAUAGUUUCACAUCAUUUACAACUGAGGAAAAUUAGUUUAAACCAGGCCUCGCUUUGCUCUGGUUCUCUCAUGCAUAAAUUUCAGUCACAAUAGCUUAUUAAAUCACACAUUUCCCCCCAAAAUAGUUUGGGCUUCACUUACCAUGGUGUAUUAACAGUGAGUAAUUGCAUUAAGUAUCAACCUCACUGCUAGCCAUUCAGACCACACAUCACUAUGUAAAUAAGAUGCACAGCAUGACCAUGACCACUGAUGUCACUUCUUUCAAAUUAGCAUCGGUCACUGCACACCUGUUUGUUAUUCACGCACAGACAGUCAAGUGUGUAGUGGCACGGCCUGCUUGCUUCUCAGUGAUAAAACAUCUUGACAUUUUAGGCAAAUGGGUAACUGAAAAAGGGAACUCACCAACAAAGAUGAGAGUGCGAUAAAGAAAUGAAAAGUGAUAAUACUGGGGUGCAAUUCAAAUUGAACAUAAACGGAAAGAUCUGUCAGAAUGUUGACACUGAUACAGUUCAAGGGGCUCUAGAUUCCAGAUAUGCAGCCAGCAGAACUGGGUGAGGCACACUUACCAACAUAGGUGAGGAGUGUGCUAGUGACAAGGAUGAAGACAUCCCAGAGGAGGUGAGACUCGUAUAAAACUUUGUAUCAAAAGAACAGAGAUCAGAAGAAUGAGACAACUUGCUACAGACUGGGAGAAAUAUUUGCAAUACCUAUCACAUGAUAAAGGACUAUUAUCCAAAAAUAUACAAAGAGCUCUUAAAUUUGUCAACAAUGAAUAAUCCAAAUACAAAAUGGACAAAACACCUGAGCAGACACCUCACCAAAGAUAUAGAUGGCAAGUAGCAUAUGAAAAGAUGUUCAAUAUCAUAUUUUGUGGGGGAACUGCAAACAAAAACACUGAUAUACCAUACAUACCUGUUUGAACGGGAAAAGUUCAAAACACCACCACCACCAAAUGCUGGCAAAGAUGUAGAGCAACAGGGAAUUUUACUCUCUGCUGAUAGGAAUGCAAAUGGUACAGACCUUGCUUGGCAGUUUCUUAUACAACUAAACAUACUCUUACCAUACGAUCCAGAAAUGGCAUUCUUUUGGUAUUUUCUCUAAAAGGAGUUGAAAACUUAUGUCCAUGUACAAACCUGCACAUGGAUUUUUGUGGCAGCUGUAUUGAUGAUUCCCAACUUGGAAGCAACCAGAUACCCUUAAGUAGGUGAGUGGAUAAGUAAAAUGUGGCACAUCCAAACAAGGAAAUAUUGUCCACUAGAAAAAAAAGAAAAAAGAGCUGUCAAGCCAUGCAAAGACCCAAGGGAAAUGUAACCGCCUAUUAUGAAGUGAAAGAAACCGAUCUAAAAUGACUGCACACUGGCUCACUCUCCCUUUCAGGAGCACGCGUGUACCUUUUCCAUCUCUCCCUCUUCCCUCCAGGCACGUUACCUUUGCCUUCCUCUCUCCUCAGCUCCAAUCGCCCUCCUUCUGCCUCUAUCUUAUUUCCUAAGCCUACACAGCCCAGCCAGCUCAGUUCUACCACUUCUGUAAUUUUCUAAAUACUUUCUCUUAUGGGUAAUUUGAAAAAAAUAAAAUGACUGUAUACUGUAUGAGUGCAGCUAUUUAACAUUCUGGAAAAGAAAACUAUGAAGAUGGCAAAAAGAUCAAUGUUUCUAGGGGCUGAGGAGGGAGGAAUGAACAGGUGGAGUACAGAGGAUUUUCACAAUAUUAAAGCUGUUGUGAAUGAUACUAUGAAGGUGGGUUUCUUUGUCAAAUGUUCACUACCAAGAAUGAACCCUAUAC